GGGUGAUACAAAGAGACAGAAGUUUAGUCAUUGAACUGAUCACGCUGGACGGAUUUAUUUCUGGACUCAAUUUCCCAGGAACUCCACUAUCUCACCCCUGGGGGAAAUGCCUCAGCUGAAGUUUCUCUAGCUCCAGCUUCGUGAAUAAAGACCUGUCGCAUUGGAGUUAGUAACAGCAGCUCUGUCAGUACUAACUCAUCCAUCUGCUUCAAGAAAAUGUUUGCUGUCCACUUGCUAGCUUUCCAUUUCACAAAGCUAAAAGAGGAUCAAAUAAAAAAGCAGUGCUGGUGCUUGGGCUGAGAUGGUGGAUCCUACACAGUGAUGGGGCCUCAAAAAGCCUUGGAGGAAAUCAAGUGCUUGUGCAAACAAGGGCUACAAAGAAAAACCUAAAUAAUGGCCUUUUCAAGGCACAGCUGUAUCCAAAGGCAGCUGCUGCUGCUUGCCAAUUGCAUCUUGUAGUUUAAGACUUUCUCCUCUGUGUGUCUGUGUUUUGCUGUUAGGUAAGUGCUGGAGUUACUUUCAGGGUCCUGGCUCUUUCAGGUGGCUCAUUGCUGACCAUCAGUUUCAAAUGGGACUGUGAAUAGGUAAUUAGUUUGUGCCUCAUUAAUAUAGGUGGCCAGUCCAAAUUGCAGAAGAGGCCCAUUUUUCUACAGCAUGCGUUCUCUGUUUAAACAAUUUAGGUGCUGGGUUCAAAAAUGAAAUGAACUUGUAGAAUCAGAGGGGUGGGGUUUGCGUAGGUGAUGUGCUCACUGUCAGUUUGUUACCUAUGUGAAAGGAAUUAUUUUGUCUCCUUAAGAUCUGUUUAGCCUCAUGUCCAUCAAGUGCGUGGGAAUGAGCAUAGUCAUUCCUGUCCAGCGUAAUGCAGGGGUGCUGCUGGAACUGGAGUUCAGGAUUUUCAGAUCCUUCAUGCCAAACUGCACCCUUCAUGCUUAGAAACUAGUGCAAGUGGCUAGGAAGUUCCUACAUUUUCUCUGCUUGCAGAGAUAAAGGAAGCCUCCACAGUAUACACAGGAGUGUAGUGUGAAGGCAGUGCUCAUCCCAGGCAGCUGUUGAGCCUUGAGGAGCCUUCAUGCCUCCCGAGUAACAUCUUUCAUCUUUCCAGGUUGACAGGUACCUGUAUCACAUGCGUCUCUCCGACGAUGUCUUGCUGGACGUGAUGGCUCGCUUCCAGGCCGAGAUGGUGAAGGGCCUGGGGAGAGACACGAACCCCACGGCAACAGUAAAAAUGCUGCCAUCGUUUGUGCGCUCACUUCCCGACGGCUCAGAGAAGGGUGACUUCCUUGCUGUUGACCUGGGUGGCUCCCAGUUUCGUGCCCACCGGGUGAAGGUGUUUGAUGACGGGAAGCAGAGCAGCCAGCUGGAGAGCAAGUUUUACCCCACACCCAAGGAGAUCAUACAGGGGAACGGAGCUGAGCUCUUUGAUUAUGUUGCUGACUGCCUGUUAGACUUCAUGGAGACCAAAAACCUGAAGCAUAGGAAGUUACCUCUUGGAUUUACAUUUUCUUUUCCAUGCAAACAGACCAAAUUGGAAGAGGGGGUUCUUCUUGCCUGGACAAAACACUUCAAAGUUCGAGGAGUUCAGGACACAGAUGUGGUCAGCUCUCUGCGCAAGGCCCUCCAGAAGCAUAAGGACAUAGAUGUUGAUGUUUUGGCACUGGUUAACGACACUGUGGGAACCAUGAUGACUUGCGGAUAUGAUGACCAGCGCUGUGAAGUUGGACUCAUAAUUGGGACUGGCACCAACGCAUGCUACAUGGAGGAAAUGAGGCACAUUGAUCUGGUGGAAGGUGAUGAAGGGAGGAUGUGCAUUAACACAGAGUGGGGCGCCUUUGGAGAUGAUGGUGCUUUGGAUGACCUCCGCACAGAGUUUGAUCGGGAGCUUGAUCUGGGAUCUCUCAAUCCUGGAAAACAAUUGUUUGAGAAGAUGAUCAGCAGCCUGUAUUUGGGGGAACUUGUAAGACUCAUUCUCCUAAAAAUGACAAAGGAAGGUCUGCUCUUUGGUGGGAAAGUGUCAACAGCCCUGCUUACUAAGGGCAAGAUUGAAAUGAAACACGUGUCUGCAAUGGAAAAAUAUAAGGAAGGUCUGAGCAACACAAAAGAGAUCCUUACAGAGCUGAACCUGUUUCCCUCUGAAGAGGACUGCAUCGCUGUUCAGCAUGUCUGCACCAUCGUCUCCUUCCGCUCGGCCAACCUCUGUGCUGCUGCCUUAGCAGCCAUACUGACCCGACUGAGAGAGAAUAAAAAACUGUUGAGGAUGCGAACCACUGUUGGGAUUGAUGGGGGGCUCUAUAAAACCCACCCCCAGUAUGCCAAGCGUCUGCACAAGGUGGUGAGAAGGCUGGUCCCAAACUGUGAUGUUCGGUUUCUCCUCUCUGUGAGUGGCAGUGGGAAGGGGGCUGCCGUGGUCACGGCGGUGGCAUACAGGCUGGCUGCUCAGCGCAAGCAAAUUGAUGCCAUUCUUGCACCAUUUCUGCUGUCCCUGGACGCCCUCAGAGAAGUUAAGAAAAAAAUGAGGACUGAGCUGGAAUAUGGGCUAAAGCGAGAAACGCAAGCCAGUGCCACAGUGAAGAUGUUACCCACGUACGUCUGUGGGACACCGGAUGGAACAGAGAAAGGGAAGUUCCUUGCCCUUGAUCUUGGUGGAACAAAUUUCAGGGUUCUGCUGGUCAAAAUCAGAAGUGGGAGAAGAAGAUCAGUGCAAAUGUAUAACAAAAUCUUUGCCAUUCCUUUGGAGAUCAUGCAAGGGACAGGGGAAGAGCUCUUUGACCAUAUUGUCCAGUGUAUAGCAGACUUUCUGGAGUAUAUGGGGAUCAAAGGUGCUCGACUGCCUCUGGGCUUCACCUUCUCCUUCCCAUGCAGGCAAGCCAGCAUUGACAAGGGAACGCUUGUGGGGUGGACAAAAGGUUUCAAGGCAACAGACUGUGAGGGGGAAGAUGUUGUUGAUAUGCUGAGAGAGGCCAUCAGAAGAAGAAAUGAGUUUGACCUGGACAUUGUAGCAGUGGUGAAUGACACCGUUGGGACAAUGAUGACGUGUGGAUAUGAGGAUCCGAACUGUGAGAUUGGCCUUAUCGCAGGAACAGGCAGCAAUGUGUGCUACAUGGAAGACAUGAAAAACAUAGAAAUAGUGGAAGGGAAUGAAGGAAAAAUGUGCAUUAAUACAGAAUGGGGAGGAUUUGGUGACAAUGGCUGCAUUGACAACAUCAGAACAAAGUAUGAUAAAGAAGUAGAUGAAGGCUCACUAAAUCCAGGGAAACAGAGGUAUGAAAAAAUGACCAGUGGAAUGUACCUAGGUGAAAUAGUAAGGCAAAUUUUGAUCGACUUAACCAAACAAGGACUGCUGUUCAGAGGACAGAUUUCAGAAUCACUCACGAAAAGAGGCAUAUUUGAAACAAAAUUCCUGUCUCAGAUUGAGAGCGACCGGCUCGCCCUCCUCCAAGUCCGACGAAUUCUGCAACAGCUCGGCCUGGACAGCACGUGUGAAGACAGCAUCAUCGUGAAAGAGGUAUGUGGAGCUGUUUCGAAGAGAGCCGCCCAGCUCUGUGGGGCAGGACUGGCAGCUAUUGUAGAGAAGAAGAGAGAAAACCGAGGUGUGGAGCAUUUGAAAAUCACCGUUGGAGUAGAUGGGACUUUGUACAAGCUCCAUCCACAUUUUUCUAGAGUCCUGCGGGAAACAGUGAAGGAACUGGCACCUAAGUGUGAUGUGACGUUCAUGCUCUCAGAAGAUGGAAGUGGGAAGGGAGCUGCCCUCAUUACUGCAGUAGCAAAAAGGUUGCAUAAUGUUGGACAGAAGUAAAAAUGAGAGGUCAAGUCAUUUCAGCACUGCCAGGCGUGUGCACUAGAGGUUUGAUGAGCGGUGAUUCAGGAUAGCUUUGCCAGACACCAGUACACAGGUACCUGUUUUCAGGGAGCAGCUGGUUCUUGACUAACCAGGAUUGUGGAUUUUUGUCCUUUGAUAACUUGGAUCAGGUGUUUCUGCUCCCCACUGGCAUUAUGUCUUGGCACACCACAAUCUACUCAGUUCUGUGCUUCCUGCAAUGCAUCUAUAAUGCACAUGGGAGAGUGAAAACAAAACAAACAAAUAAACAAAAAAAAUCAACCCCAAAUGUGUCUUUUUACAAUGGCUUAAUUAAGCUACUGCACUGCAACUGAAUUUAUCACCAGUUUCUUAGGAUUUUUGUGUGUUUUAGUUUUGGCUUGGCCUGGCUCAAGGAAUACUGAGAUCCUGGUAUUGCAUACAUCUAAUGGACACGUUUGUUCAAUGCUUCACAGGUUUUACGAUAAAUCUGCAAGUAAAAUAAAUUAAUAAGCUUUGGUCAGCGAUGCUCCCCCACCACUGCUACAUUGGUUGCAAGUGUGUUGUAUUGUAAAACUUCCCUGAGGACAGGAGGCAUGCUUCGUAAAUGAAUGUAAAGGAAAAAAUAUGAUUCCACAAAAUAUCCGUAUGUAUCAAAAUAUAUUAAUGCAUUUGAGUGCGCAUAAACCUAAACCGACGCUGGGUGGAUUCUGACUGUGACUGAUUCUUUUGAUACUGGGGGAAGAGAGGAUGUGGAAACAGCUAGUCUGCUAUGUCUAUGUCAGGGCUACCUAGAGAGUAUCAAAUCUGUUCAUCUUUAGGCUGCCAAAAUAGCUGUGUAGAGAGAAAAAAAAAAGUCACCUGAAUUUCUGAAAUUCUGCCCUUUGUUUUCCCUCAGUUAUCUCCUUGCCUGUUCAUGUUGCUCGCUGCUCUGCCUGUCUGUAGUCUGUUGUAAAUAAAUCUGUGGUGCUGUGAGCCUUCA